AUGCUGCCGGUGCAGGACCGCAACCUGCUGCGACGAUACUACGAGAAGGGGUUUGAAGGACUGCAGCAGAUCAAUUGCCGAAUACUGGCCAAGGCAUAUAUCAAGCUUGUCGAGCCCCGCAAGCAGGUAAACUACCCUUACAAUGGCCGGAAGAUCAUCUCUGGAAUUUCUCAGCAGUUUGAUCCGGAGAUGACCAAACCCACAUGGUGGCCAUCCGGUGUCACCCAUCGCGAGCCUGACCAUCUCCUCAAAUCUGAGAGAAUCCGGCUCCUGGUUCACAUUCUGUGUGAGUUGCGAGAUAGUCACGCGAUAUGCGUCGAGAAGCUGAAGGAAGCCGAUCAGUCAAUCCGGCGUCAGAUUAUGCCCAGCGAGCGGUUGCAAGUGUUGGAUGAAAUCUAUCGCGUCCGAGAGGAGGAAGAAAGGUACCUCAGCGGUAGAACCGACGGACAAGCAGUUGUCUACGUGUCUCUCGUGCACCUUCCAGACGUCGGCAAUGCUCAGAACGUAGGGUCUCCCACCAACACUAUGAUUAAAUCGGAUAUCAACCCGGUCUACAGGAGAGCGGUUCCUGACAUGGAGUCUCACACUUCUGUCUUCCCGACCACUGGAAGCGCGCCGACAAUCGAAACUAUUGACAACAGUAAAGAUACUAGCACACUGAAUACCAGUUUGCCUACAAUGUGGAAUAACUGUGUUUCGUCCUCGUUGCCGCCCUUAAACAGUCAAAAGCGGACCCAUGAAGGAGAGACUCCAUACCCAUUGGAUAUGCCCAACGCUGCUAUGUUUCAGGACGAGAAUUCCCACCCCGUUUCCCUGGACACACAAUCGCUUCCGUUGAGAUACUAUAGCGAACCACAUUUUAGCCAGCCUCAGAACCAGCAGCACCAGCCACUUCCCAUUGUCGGGGUCCCUGGAACCGAUGUUGGAAAUUGCACCCAGCCCUAUUAUUUCAACUAUUAG